AUGGCUCGUCUUUCCCCUCACAACUGCUGCUCCCAACCCUCCCCUCACCACCCUCGCACCACUACCCCACGCCCUUGCUCAGGCUGUUCUUCCCUCUCACCACUACCCCACGCCCUUGCUCAGGCUGUUAUUCCUUGUCACCACUACCCCACGCUCUUGCUCAGGCUGUUCUUCCUCUUCGUGGUUGCUCCCCACUUUCACGCUCUCGGGCAGGCAGAAAGGAACCAGCCAGCUGCUCCUGCUGUUAAAACGCCGGCUGUUGCGAAGACAACAAAGCUGGCGCCGGGAGCUAAGGUCUACCCGGGUCGCGCAGCCCCCAAGACUCCCGCUGCUCCCGCUGUUGGCAACCCAGCCCUUGGGAAGAAGCCGGUGGGCCGCAACCUGGGCUCUGUCCCCGAGCCACCUGUUCCUGCUGCUGGUGCGCCCGGUGCUGGAAAGAAGUCGGGCAAGGGAAGCCCGGGCUCUGUCCCCAAGCCGCCUGUUUCCGCUGCUGGCAUGCCGGGCGUUCCGACGAAGCUGGGGGAAGGAAAGGACAGCUCAGGCGCAACACCCAAGCUGCCCACUGCUCCUGCUGCUGGCACGCCGAGGGGGGGAAGGGGGGCCAUCAGGCGGCCAGGGCGCGGGCAUGCAGGGAGCAGCGGCGAAGCAGAAAGGAGAUGA